AUGUUGUCGCCGUCAUUUCCGAUCCACACUUGCGCUCUGCGCCAACUGUCCCAAGCCCCAUCACAGCUUUUCUUGUCCGUUCGACCAGCCCUGCGCAUCUCCGCAUCCUCCUUCGUUACCAAAGCCGCAACCCGCCGAUUCACCACAGCUCCCACGGCGUUCUCAGCACCUCGAUCGACCACAUCAAAGCGGACGCGCCGAGGACAACAUCAAUUUCCCGCAGCUGCGUUCUCCACAUCACCUGUUCAGCUUGCUACGAAGGUGACGCAAAACCCCCGGACUGGAGACGAUGGAGAAACGCUCAUGAUCAACAUUUCGCCUCGGGCAGUGACGCGCCUUCGCGAGAUCACUGACCCGUCCGUCUCACCGUCCGCGACAAAUAAAGAGAACCCUUACCACCAUCUUCGCAUUACCGUCACAAGCGGUGGCUGUCAUGGCUUCCAAUACCUGAUGUCGCUGGAGUCCGAGAACAAGAUCGAUUCGGAGGAGGACACUAUCUUCGAGGGUGAGGUGGAUUCGUCAGAAAAUACUCCGAUGGCUGCUGGCACAGCAAAGGUCAUUAUGGACGAACCCUCGCUCGAGCUGCUUUCGGGAAGCACGGUCGAUUACACGACUGAAUUGAUUGGAAGUCAAUUCAAGAUCGUGGACAACCCCCGGGCUACCAGUAACUGCGGGUGCGGCACCAGCUUCGACGUGAUGGAUUGA